AUGUCUUUACUAGACAAUGGCUCUUCGGAGGUAAUUAACCCUGAUACAUAUUUUCAAACUCACAAACCACCGCGAACAUUAAUUGAGAACGAAAUUCGAGUUAAAGAAUUUGUAAAUAAACAUAAUGAAGCUCGUAGAAAGAUAGUUUUAAUUACGAGUGGAGGAACUACAGUUCCACUUGAGAACAGUACUGUGAGAUUUAUUGAUAAUUUCAGCGCCGGUACCCGUGGCGCUACUUCUGCUGAAUAUCCUUUGAUCAUUCUAUUAUUUGAUAGUUUUCAAGUACAAUUUAGUUUACAACCUUAUAGCAGACAUUAUUCGCAUUCUAAAAAUUGUUUCUUAGAUUUUAUGGAACUGAAAAGCGAUGGAAGUAUUGGAGUUAGUUCCAAAUAUUCUCCAAAGAUGAAAGCUGUCUUAGAAAAAUAUCAAGAGUUCAAAAAGAAUGAAACUCUUUUAUUCCUUGAUUUUGUUACUGUGUCUGAUUAUCUUUUCCUUCUUCAAAGUGUUACAAAAAUCAUGUCUGUUUUAAAGGAACAUGCUAUGUAUUAUCUUGCGGCAGCUGUUAGUGACUUUUUUAUUCCAGCCCAAAAAAUGCCUCAACAUAAAAUUCAGUCAGGAGGUGGUGGAUUGACUCUGACAAUGGAUCAAGUGCCAAAAUUUUUGAAACCAAUGGUUAUGUAUUGGGCUCCUCGUGGAUUCACUGUUUCAUUUAAAUUAGAGACAGAUCCCGCACUUUUAGUUGAUAAAUCGAGACAUGCUCUUACGCGAUAUGGUCAUCAAAUAGUUAUUGCAAAUCUACUCGAUACCAGGAAGCGUGAAGUUAUUCUUAUUACUCGGGAUUCAGAAUUUCAAAUCAAAUUGACAGAAGAUGAAAUUGCUGAGGGUAAAGAAAUUGAAGCCAAAAUCAUUCCUGAAUUAGUGAAACGACAUGAUGAAUGGAUUCGCAAUGCAGAUAAUGCAGAUCUAUAA